AUGGCUGCCACGGGAUUUGGGACGAUGCCAGUGAGAGGGCACGCUCAGCUCAUACUCACGAGGUCACGGUUGAUACGUCACACGUCGACAUCGCAAAAGACCUGGGAUUGGACCAAUCGCCCAACAACUGGAGACGCGGCCAGAGAUGAGGUUGCCCAGCUCGCUGCUAGCCCUCGUCGCCCCCUGACGUUGGCAGACUUGUUAAGACAUGGACGCCCACCGUUAUCUAAGGAUGCGCUUCUAGCUUCGGCGAAUUUCACACUCUCCUUGCUCCCCGCACGACUCGCCUCUCGAAUCCAAGCACUGCGAAAUUUGCCUUUCAUAGUCGUGUCGAACCCUUACGUGUCGAAGAUUUACCAAAACUACCGCCAUUCCCUGUCUACCCUCCUCCCGUAUCAACAAAGGCGAAUCACUACUCUCGAGGAAGAAAACCAGUUUGGCGAAGUGCUUGCGGACCUUGUACAAACACAUACCAAUACCAUUCCCAUUCUUGCCCGGGGAUUUCUAGAGUGCCGGAAAUAUGUCAGCCCUGCCGAUGUGACGCGCUUCUUGGAUACCCAUCUGCGUGCGCGUAUCGGUACUCGUUUAAUCGCUGAACAACACUUGGCGCUACAUUUUGCUUCCCAGCCGGUCAAUGAUGAGCCGCCUGGUCGCUCCAAGCCCAGCUCAUCCAAGGAGGCGGUUCCGUCAAAUUACAUUGGUGUGAUUGAUACUGCGCUUCAGCCCGCGCGAAUUAUCCGUCUAUGCGAGGAUUUCGUUGGUGAGAUCUGCGAGUUGAAAUAUGGGGUGCGUCCGCGUCUCGUCAUUGGAGGCGAGCCCGAGGCCUCGUUUGCCCACAUUCCAGUGCACGUGGAAUAUAUCAUCACGGAAUUGUUGAAGAAUGCGUUCCGGGCGACCAUCGAGUCUGGAAACGAGCGGGAGCCCAUCGAGGUGACAAUUGCCGCUGCUCCAGACGUGCCAGGCAAAGAACCACCUGUCGCAGGUGAUGCCGACAUUGGCUUCCAGCUCGAUGCCAACGAUGAGGCGUAUUCGACUGAGGCAAUGGGAGCCUCCAAGUCCUCGUCGCAGAGCAUCACUAUUCGUAUUCGCGAUCGCGGCGGGGGUAUCCCCCCAGAAGUCCUCCCACACAUCUGGUCAUACAGCUUUACGACAUUCUCAGACGUGGAUUUCAACUCGGAAAAUGGCAAUUUGGAUGCUCUGAAUACGAUCUCUAGCAGUGGGGGUCAUCUAAGCAGCAUUGCGGGCCUUGGAUACGGAUUGCCGCUCAGUCGUGCAUACGCAGAGUAUUUCGGCGGAAGCAUUGCUGUACAGAGUCUUUGGGGGUGGGGAACAGACGUAUACUUAACUCUGAAAGGCGUUGGCAAGGUCGACUGA